AUGGUUAAAGGGGGGAGUCCUGAAAAAUGGAGGAAAAAAGCAUCUACCUUUGAUUUCGGGUUUGCCGGUAGUGUAGGUUUGGCAGGCAUUGGGUGUCUGAUUGUUGCUGGUUUGACUGGGUACGAUGCAUUCCAGGCACUCGACCGUUUUCGCGUGGGCGCUGUUGCAUUUAACUGGGAAUGCAAGGCGUUGCAUGUUAAUGUGAGCGCCUGGAGGUACUAUUUGGAUGUUGAUUAUGAGCUACCAUUCGAAAAGCUGGCGGGCAACCGAACGAGCCCUCCUUCAAUUCCAGAAUCACAGCACAAACGCAAGAGGUCGUUACUCGAGGCCGAGAAUCUGAUAUCGCAAACAGAUCCUUCCAAGAGGACCUGCCAACCCGCUUUUGGAACACCCGACGACAUCAUUUCUCUAGCUCUAUCAAGCCCCACGACUAGCCAGAGUGAGCGAGCACGUUUAUCGAGUCCAUCACGCGCGAAAGCUGAACUAGCCGCUGCCAGCCCCCGCAUGGCCUACAUCCAUGAAUCUGCCGACCAUAGAAGCGCCGCUGCGACUCAAUUGCUAGCAGCUCUAACUCAGGAUUCUGAGUUCUGCGAUAUUCACGAUGUGGCUCGGAAAGUGUCGAAUCCUUCGUGCCAAUCUGCCACUAAAUUGUGUAGUGGGGGUUCUUGGGUGAAUAAGGUAGCACUGCCGCUAUUCGAGGGCGCUAUUGCAGAACUACCGUUAGAGUGUAGACGUGUCCAGACUGAGUCCAUUGACCCCCAGUACCAACCUCGAUAUACAGUCCGCGAUACAUAUACCCGCAAAAUCGAUUUUGUUGUCGGGCUUCCUGUGAACGAUUGGGAAGUUGAAUAUGAACAGGCGGAUCUCCAUACUUCCGGGAAAUCUUUCAGCCAUAUGACUCAUCCACAUACCGGGAAAAGUGUUCUGGGCCCUGGUGUUGAGAUCAAAGCCGCGGAUGGAAAUUUGGUAGAAGUGCAAGUCCAGAUUGGGCGUAUAUGGGGUCCUUUGUCUGACCUUGAUGGUCGUAUCACAAGUGUGAAAUAUACUACGUCUCUUUUGAAAACCCUUCAUCGAGUCAUGGAGUACACUGUCGGGCAGUACAAGGAUGGGAUUUUCAGAGCCAUGACCUUUAGGUAA